CUUACCAAUUAAUCUGAAUCAUGCAUCUGAACAGUUAGAUAGUUCAGAUCAAGCAUUCAAAACAUUGUUGUGUAUUCAACAAUAUUUUUUAUAUGUCAAGGAUUCUUAUCUGGGCCUUCAUCAACAAGAAGAACCCAAAUAG